AUGCUAGUUCAAUUAUUUAUCUUGUCUAUAUUUUUUGUACCACAACUUAAAGCGUGUGUAGCUACGAUACCCCCCGAAGAAGUCUACAUAACAACUACAGAAGCUAUUUCUCCGACAACUACAAAAGCUAUUUCUGAGCCAGUUGAAGAAACUACUGAAGCAACUACAGAAAUGACUACAGAAGUAACGACAGCAGCGGGAGCAGGUUGUGGCAUGUGUGAUAUUUAUGCAAUCGCCCCAGAAAUGCCAGAUCCAGAUACUGAUUUCGACACUUCGUAA